AGAUGUUAAUUCUUUAUUUACAAUUAAAGAAGGUAUGAGUUACCCUUAAAUGACAUAUGCAAAUGUUGUUAAAUGUGGAGAUGUUAUUAGAUUAGAACAUAUUUAGACUUAAAAAAAUAUUCAUUCUACAGUUAAUAAUUCACAUAUGAAUCAUCAUUAGGAAAUUAUUUCUUACGGGAAUAAUGGAAUUGGUGAUGCUUAUGAUAAUUUUAUUAUAUUAUGUGCUGGAAAUGAAAAGAUGGGACACCUAUAGAAGGUAAAUAGCAAUUUUAUCUAUAAAAUUAAUAAACGAAAAGAUAUUUAGGAUGCAAUGUUAAGUAUAUGUAUAAUAGUAGGGUCUUAUAGGGAUAAAUAGAUGUUUAUGGAUAGUUUUAUAAAGAUAAAGAGGCAAUUUGGAAAAUUGUUGGAGGUUUUAUUUUAUAAAAACCGAAUUGGGAGGAAGAUAUUGAAGAAGAUUUUGGAAAAAAAUAAAUUGAUGAAGAUGGCUUUGAAAUUAUUUCGUAUAGAAAAAAAGAGAUUUGUGAUAUUUUUUAUUUUUAUAAAAAAAAAAAAAAAAAAAUAAUAUUUAUUUAAUUUUAUAUAAUUAUAAAGUAAUUAAUAAUUGUUUUUAAAAUUAAAUAUAAAAUAUAAUUAUUUGAUUUUAUAAUUAAAUUAAAUUUAUACAUUUAAAAAAAAAAUAUAAAAAUAAUUAUAGUAAAAUUUCAAUAAAUAUAUAUAAAUAUAUUUUAAUAUUAUUAAAAUUUAAUUAUUUUUGUAUUAUAUUAUUAUAUGUUUAAGCUUUUUUAAAAAAUAUCAAAUUAUAAUUAUUUUAACAAUAACACUUAAGAUCUAAUUUAGAUUAUUUAUUAAAUACAAAAAAUUAUAUUAGAAAUACAAUCUAGAAGUAUAAAUAUAAUAAAAAAAAAAAAAAAAUAUAAAAAAUUAAAUAUAAAUUUAUAAUAAAUAUUUAUUUAUUAAAAUUACUUAAUGUAUAAAAUCAAAAAUUUAUAUUUAAUUCUUAAUAAAAGUAAAUUUAAAUAAAGCAAUAAAAGAAGAAUAAACAAAAAAUCAUGGACAUAAAAAUAAAUAUAUAAAAAAACAUCUUAAUUUUUUUUUUUAAUUAUAAUAUAAUAUUUAAAUUUUUUAAUUAUAAAUUAUUUUAUUUUAUUUAUUAUUUUUAAGAAAAAAAAUUAUAAAAUAAUUAUAUAUAAUUUUGUAUAUAUAUAUUUUUUAUCCCUUAAUUAUAUUAUUAAAAACUAAUUUUUCAAUAAAAAAUUUUAAUAAAAUAUAUUAAUUAGUCCUUUUUUUAUUAAAAUAAAAAUUACAGGAAUAAUUAAAUAUUAAUAAAUAUGAACAAAUAAUUAAAUAUUAAUAAUAUGAACUAAUUAAAAUUAAUAUAAUAUAUAUGAAAAUAGAUUUCAAUUGUUAAUUAUUUGUUUACUUAAAUAGCUUCCAACAAAAGUAAAAACUAAACUUAAAAACCCCAAAAUAAGAUUUUAUAAAACAAGAAAACUAGGUUUAAUGUAUAAAAUUUUGUAUUAAUUAUAUUAUUUAAGAAUUUAUAUUUCUUAAAUAAAUUAUGUAUAAGAUUCAUUUAAUUCUUAUAAAUAUCUAGAAACAGAAAUUUAAUUACUAAUUCCUUAUAUAUCUUUAAGUAUUAUUUAUACAGCUUUUGCAUAAAUUAUAUUUUUAGGUUUAAAUUCUUUAUUGA